AUGACAAAUACAAACACAAGUGUUUCGGACCGCGCGGAGAACUCACGCAUACUACUUACGAAGAAAGGAAUGAGCGAUACCGAGUUAGAUAAGAUCAAGCGGCGGUUGAAAAAGAACGGGUGGUUAUACGUGGAAAAAAAGGAUGCUGUAGAUUUGACCGACAGCGAGAGAUUACGUACGGUAAUGAUGAUGACUUCACCUUUUAUCGAACUGAAUUUGACUGUAGGUAAGGGAAAGAACACGAACCAUCUUUUACACAAACUGAAUGAAGAUGGAUGGAAGAUUGUGAGGAUAAUACCGGUUUCGUCCGACAGAAGAUGUAUAAAAAUGAUAAGGGAAGUGUUUUCACACACUGAAACACCAUAUGGAAAACCCGGCACAAAAUAG